CGGCGCGCAGAGGGGGCGGGGUGAAAGGUCAGAGCGCGGCGGCGGGUCUGGCUGGCGGCGGCGGCGGGCGAGAGUGGAUAGCCCGGUGUGCACGUGUGGAGAAGCGGCGGCACAGCGCGGCGGCGGGAGACACCCCCGCCUCCUCCGGAGACGCAGGGCUGCGCUUGACUCUCGCGGCCUCCGUCACCCGCUCAGCUCCCUGCCCUAGGCGGGGAGGCCGGCUUGUGGGGGUUGAGUGGCCCGAGCUGAGGGCGCGGAGAGCUCAGGGCGGCGACGACAACGGCGUUGAUAUCGGUGGUAACAACGGCCUCAGCAGGCGGGGAAGAUGAAAGGUAGCCGGAUCGAGCUGGGAGAUGUGACACCACACAAUAUUAAACAGUUGAAGAGACUAAACCAGGUCAUCUUUCCAGUCAGCUACAAUGACAAGUUCUACAAGGAUGUGCUGGAGGUUGGCGAGCUAGCAAAACUUGCCUAUUUCAAUGAUAUUGCAGUAGGUGCAGUAUGCUGUAGGGUGGAUCAUUCACAGAAUCAGAAGAGACUUUACAUCAUGACACUAGGAUGUUUGGCACCAUACCGAAGGCUAGGAAUAGGAACUAAAAUGUUAAAUCAUGUCUUAAACAUCUGUGAAAAAGAUGGCACUUUUGACAACAUCUAUCUGCAUGUCCAGAUCAGCAAUGAAUCAGCAAUUGACUUCUACAGGAAGUUUGGCUUUGAGAUUAUUGAGACAAAGAAGAACUACUAUAAGAGGAUAGAGCCCGCAGAUGCUCAUGUGUUGCAGAAAAACCUCAAAGUCCCUUCUGGCCAGAAUGCAGAUGUGCAAAAGACAGACAACUGAACAAAUUAGAAAUGAACUUUCUUGCACUUGCUUGUCGCCAAAUAAAAGAGAGGCCCAUUGAUUCUCCCCCCUCUUUCUUUCUCCCCCUCCUUCUUGUUCUUGUUCGUCCUCCUUUCUUUCUUUUUCUUUCCUCUAAAAAAUGUUUAAUACUUCCAAGGACUUUCAAAAUUAAUCAUGUUUGGAUUGUUUUAGUUUUCUUAUUUUUGUGAGGUGGUUUGAUUGUAGGAAGGAGGAGGUAUAGAUCUGUUUGGUUUCACAGUUAAGAUAUAUAUGGUCCCAAAAAUUUGGGUGUCAGUGUCAAUUUUUUUUUUUUUUUUUCAAUCUCCUGCUUUCACAUUGAAGGGCAGAGCCUACAAAAUGUUGUAUAUAUCAAAAGACAAAAAGAAACAGCAGCAAUAUCUUGUUCUGUAAUUCAAAGACAAGUUUAGUGUGUUUGUGGUACUUUGGGUUUUUCAAGACUGGGAUACUAAUCCCUAGACAUUGCCUUCACUCCACCUUUUGUCCUUCUGAGUGUUGCCUCAGGAGUUGGACCAUUGUUAUCCUUGUAAGAAAUACUAAGCUUAUUAUUUUUUUUAAGCAAUUAUUUCUUUCUUCCUCACUGAGGGUAGGUGGGACAGUUUGGGUAGGUAGUGUUUUACUUUGGUCUCAGUAUUUGAGUUAAACUGCUUUUUGCUAAUGAGUGGACUGGUUGUUAGCAGGUAUAUUUUUCCUGCUGUUGAUUGUUAUUAGUGGCAUUAACUUUUAGAGUGUGGCUGGUGAGAUUAAUUUUUUUUAAUAUCCCAGCUAGAGAUAUGGCCUUUAACUGACCUAAAAAGGUUUGUUGUGAUUUACUUUUUGUGUGUAUCCUCUCUUUUUUCGUGUCUUCAGUAAACCCACAGUAGUUAGUCUAACUUUAAAAAUGGGAGUUGAUGUCCUUAUAGGUCAGUACCCCUAAGAUAAACCUGAAGCAGGUAUUGUCUCUUGGACAUAUUUAAAAACACCUAAAAGGAAGCUUAGAUGGACUCGUGGCACAAUAAAUGCAUUUAAUGCCAGCUAAUGCAGACUAUUAAAAACAAGGCCACAGAGCAUUUGAUUAUAUAGGGAAGAAUAUCUAGACAGUAUUUUUGAGAAUAACAUAGCUGUGCUACUGCUUAUCUGUUGGAGAACAUCCCAGAUUUGCUUAUUUUCUGUGCCUAUGAUAUUGAGCUUAAGGAUUUGAGGGGGCAAUUGUUAAACAUAUUGCUUCUAUUCUUGGGAAAAUAGAAGUUCAGAAGUGUUAAUAACAGAUGUCACUGUGACCUCCUUUACUGAUGAGACUGGUUUAUGCCAGAUCAUUUUCUGGCACAUAAGGAGUGGCUUGGAUGGCUUGGUAACUUUUUGUAAGAUAGGAGACAUCUGAAAUUUCAUGUUUUCCUCCAUAGCCCCAUUUCCAAUAUUUAAAAUUUUCUAGAUUGCCAAUACUAGUGGCCCAUGAAAUGUUCUCAUUAGACUUUAAAACAAUGCACAGGGCUUGAAUUUUCUUGUCAUUUGACUUUAAAGGGAAGUUUGAUUCAUAAUAUUUAUCCUUAUGUACAUUCUGAUAAUAGCAAUCUCAUCUCUCCAAAUAUGUUAAAUGACAAAAUUACACAAUGUUGAUGCACAUUUUAUAAUCUUUUUUGAGAAUGUGAAAGUACAAAGUACAAUAGACUUCAGCGUUCUUGAGUGCCAAGAGUAAUACAGGAAAAGGGAGAUAGUUGAAUGAGUAUAUAGGAUUUGAAUCUUAAGAUAGUAAAAAUGUAGAAAGACCAUGCUGGUUUCUUGGGUAUCAGUUUCUUCAGCAGUCCGAGUAUAAGCUUAGGAAAAAAGUUAGCAUUAAGCACCUUUACCUUCAUGGAUAAGCUUCAGCUUGCUCUUGCCAAGAGAAGAGUGCUUGAGUUACAGAAGGCAUACUUAGUUUGAAGAAUUCAGCCUUU